GCAGAGGAACCAGCAGAACAUCUUCCUCUAAAGGAGGUCUGGACCUGAAAGGUUUCAGAAGCGCUGCUUUAACUGAAGGCUCUCUAACAGGAGCCGGCUCCAACAUGUGAGCGGGCCGCUGUGUUCAGAACCAACACAUCAGAACUUCAGAGGAAAUGUUCCCUCCUUCAUUCACUACAUCUGACCUCACUCUGGAUGUUUCUACAGACCUGGAACAUGAUUCCAGUUUAGACCUGAAAAGGUUUCACACUCAGUUUUAGCUUCAUUUUCUAAAUAAACCAGAACUUUUCCAGAUGGUUCUGAGGAGAUCAGCCAGCAGACAUCAGGAGGUGCAUGAAGUAGUGAAGGAGAGGACAAUCCAGACCCAGAUGGUACCUGCUGAACUCAGGUUCCUCUGGUCCUCUACACACAUGAUGGGAAUCAGCUUUCUGCUUUACAGACACUGACUGGACCUGAACCACUGGGAACUGACUGGUUCUGGUUUCUCUCUCAGGCUGACUGAAGUCCAGAAGAUGGAGGAUUAUGAUCUAAAGGAGGACAGAGCAGAACCUCCAGGAUCCAGCUGUCCGUCUAUGAGGAGUGACUGGUCCAAAGAUCACAAUCCAGUCUUCAGUGCUGAACCUGGACCCUCAGACUCAGAAACAGGAGCUGGACUGCUGGCAGCCAAUCAGAGCAGCUGUGCUCCAGAUCCUGACAGUGAACAGAUACUGGCCACAAAGCAGAGGCAGAACUCUGCUGUCUGACCAUCUAACAAGGUUCUGCUUCUAAGGAUGGAUCCCAUUGAUGUUGGUCUGCAGGAGGUUCUAGAGGAACAUAAGAUCAGUCUGAGGAGGAGAUGUGAACGUGUGACUGAAGGAAGUGAUGAACCAGGAAGUAGAACCCUCCUCAACAGGAUCUACACUGAUCUCUACAUCACAGAGGGACAGAGUGAAGAGGUUAAUACCCAACAUGAGGUGAAGCAGCUGGAGAGAGCUUCCAGGAUCCAGAACCUCCAUGACUCUCCAAUCAGGUGCCACGACAUCUUUAAAGCCUCACCUGACCAACAUGGACCAAUCAGAGUGGUUCUGACCAACGGCGUCGCUGGUGUUGGAAAAACCUUCUCAGUGCAGAAGUUCACUCUGGACUGGGCCGAGGGCUUGGAGAACCAAGAUGUCCGUGUGGUGGUUCUGCUGUCGUUCAGGGAGCUGAACCUGAUCAGAGGUGAGCAGCACAGUCUUCUCACGCUGCUCCAUGUUUUCCAUCCAACCCUCCAGAAGCUCCCAGCAGAGCAGCUGGCUGCCCACAAACUUCUCUUCAUCUUUGACGGCCUGGAUGAAAGCAGACUUUCUCUGGACUUCAACCACAGUCGGCUUGUUUCUGACGUCACACAGAAGUCAUCAGUCGACGUUCUGCUGACAAACCUCAUCAAGGGGAACCUGCUUCCCUCGGCUCUGGUCUGGAUCACCUCCAGACCUGCAGCGGCCAAUCAGAUCCCUCCUUCAUGUGUUGCCAGGGUAACAGAGGUACGAGGCUUCACCGACGCCCAGAAGGAGGAGUACUUCAGGAGGAGGUUCAGUGAUGAAGAGCUGUCCAGCAGAAUCAUCUCCCACAUCAAGACCUCCAGGAGCCUCCACAUCAUGUGUGGAAUCCCAGUCUUCUGCUGGAUCACUGCUACGGUUCUGGAGAACAUGUUGACCACAGAGCAGAGAGGAGAGCUGCCCAAGACCAUGACUGACAUGUACUCUCACUUCCUGCUGGUCCAGACCAGGAGGAAGAACAACAAGUACCAUGAGGGACAUGAGCGGAGACAUGGGAGGAGUCCACAGGAGCUGAUGGAGGCUUACAGGGAAGUUCUCCUGAAGCUGGGGAGGCUGGCGUUAGAACAACUGGAGAAAGGAAACAUCAUGUUCUACCAAAAAGACCUGGAGCAGUGUGGUCUGGAUGUCACAGAGGCCUCGGUGUACUCAGGAGUUUGUACAGAGAUCUUCAAGAGAGAGAGUGUGAUCUUCCAGAAAGCAGUCUACUGCUUUGUUCAUCUGAGCAUUCAGGAGUUUCUGGCUGCAGUCUACAUGUUCCACUGCUUCACCAGCAGGAACACAGAGGUGAUGGAGAACUUCCUGGAGGAAGAUGACAUAGAUAAUUACUCUCUGGAGGAUUUCCUGAAGGGAAUCGUGUAUAAAUCCCUCUUCAGUGAAAAUGGCCACCUGGACCUGUUUGCUCGCUUCCUUCAUGGCCUCUCUGUGGAGUCCAACCAGAGACUCUUAGGAGGCCUGCUGGGUCAGACAGAGAACAGUCCAGAAACCAUCCAGAGAGUCAUCAACAACCUGAAGGAGAUGAACACUGAUUAUAUCUCUCCAGACAGAAGCAUCAACAUCUUCCACUGUCUGAUGGAGAUGAAGGACCUCUCAGUUUAUCAGGAGAUCCAACAGUUCCUGAAAUCAGAGAACAGAUCAGAGAAGCUCUCUUUGAUCCAGUGUUCAGCUCUGGCCUUCAUGCUGCAGAUGUCAGAGGAGGUUCUGGAUGAGUUGGACCUGGAGAAGUACAACACAACAGAAGCAGGACGACUGAGACUUAUUCCAGCUGUGAGGAACUGCAGAAAGGCUCGAUUGAGGAGCUGCAGUUUGUCAGAGAUCAGCUGUUCUUCUGUGGGAUUGGCUCUGAAGUCCAACCCCUCCCAUCUGACAGAACUGGACCUGAGUGGAAACGACCUGAAAGAUGCUGGAGUGAAGGAGCUCUGUGGUUUUCUCCAGACUCCCCUCUGCAAACUACAGAUAUUGAGAUUGUGGAGCUGCAGUUUGUCAGAGAUCAGCUGUUCUUCUCUGAGAUUGGCUCUGAAGUCCAACCCCUCCCAUCUGACAGAACUGGACCUAAGUCAGAACUACAACCUGAAAGAUGCUGGAGUGAAGGAGCUCUGUGGUUUUCUCCAGACUCCCCUCUGCAAACUACAGAUAUUGAGAUUGUGGGACUGCAGUUUGUCAAAGAUCAGCUGUGAUUCCCUGUGUUUGGCGCUGAAGUCCAACCCGUCCCAUCUGACAGAACUGAACCUGAGAGAAAACUACCUGAAGGAGUCAGAUGUUCAGCAGCUGCAGGAUCUUGUAAAGAGUCCAGACUACAAACUGGAAUAUGUGAAGUGGAGGAUCUGGUGAUCUUAGUAGAGGAGAGAAGCUGAGCUGUCCUGAUGAUCCAGAGGUUGAAGCUGCAGCAGUUUGAGUUUAAAGAGACUCUGACUGGAUCCUGAUGAUGAACUCUGACCUUAGAGAUGUU